GGGAUAACUACAGGCCAGUUAAAUACUGUACAUACAUGUACAGAAUCUUAAUACUUGUACGUGUGAUCAUCCUUUUCGACACAGGCUGUUCUCCAUGCAUAAAGGCAACCUUGGUCGUGCCACAGGGGUUGUUUGUUCCCUUUAAUUUGAUUGAUUCAGAUGUUAUAUUUGGCCUACCUGAUGCCUUUCCUCAUUCUCUUCAUUCUCAUCAGUUUAAGAAACUUCGCUACAAAUAUCAUCUUGCAAAGAAGUCGACCAUAGCCAAUACGUUUGAUUGAAAUUAUAUAUUUUAUGACCUGCCUCCAGCCCGCACAUUUUAAACCGCCUAGCCGUUCGCAUGCGCAGAUAGUCAGUCAUUUAUAUUUUUCGCACCGAUUCUCUAACAAUGACAUAACGCAUUAUAAGUGGCAAGAGGGACGCGUACGGUGACAUGUUGCCUUGAGUUUUACUGAAGAUUAAAACAGCAAGAGACAAUAAUAUACAUGCACUAGGCACGGGACAGCAGGUCAACGGCUGACAAGUUCAUAUGCACCAACAGACUACAAAUGAAGGCAAUGGUGAAAAGAAGAAAAGGGUAAAAGUGCAGACGCCACAGACAAGUAAAAAGCAUGGCUAUGAAAAAAAUUAGUCCGGCAGUUCUCAUGGCAGUCAUUUUAGUUGUUUGCUUUUUAACAACGUAUUUUAAUUAUGUUCGUGAGAUGAAAUCGAAUCGUUUAACUAAAAGCUCGACCAGUAUUUUAAGAGAACCCCCAAACAGAAAUAUUAUAACAGCAGAAUUUAUUAAACGUCUGGGAACCGGGAACAUAGAUUCCGUAGACGAAGACCUUCUAGAAAACUUAAGAGUGAAAUGGAUUCUUCCUCCUUCCAAGCUACCCUACAAUCUUUCCAAACCGAACGUAACAUACUGGAAUCAAAUUGGACAAUCGAAAUUGGUGGAUAAGAUUCUGAAGCAACGCUACAAAGGAUUCUUCGUGGAAUCAGGAGCAUUUGAUGGAGAGGUUCAUUCUAAUUCUCUCUUCUUCGAGAUUUCACGAGACUGGGAUGGGUUGCUUGUUGAACCAAACCCGUGGUUAUUUGAAGUUCUGUUGAACAAAAAUAGGAAAGCGUACGUUUCUAAUAAAUGCUUAGCAACGGGCCGUGGUCCGACAAUGGUUGAUUUUACGUUCGCAAAGCAACUUGGGGGAAUACUAGAAAAAAGCCAUGUAAUUCCUAAAAGGCAACAAAGCCUUAUAAAAGGAAAAAGUCGCAUACAGUGUUUUCCCAUUCGCUCUCUCCUGGCCGCCAUCGGUCGGAAUCACGUGGACUACUUUACCUUGGACGUAGAGGGUGCCAAAAUAGAAAUCCUGAUAUCGUUUCCAUGGCAACACGUCAUCGUUGACGUAUGAACUAUAGAGUACGGAGUUCACAGCGGAGGUCCUGAUACGCCAAAACGUGAGAAAGCAAUCAGGGAGAUAUUAAAAAAUACAGGACUUUACAGGGAAGGUGCCAUUCUAAGAGGCCAAGAUAUAGUGUUUGUUAGAAAGGACGUGCCACAAUGAAUAUGUGAGCAACUGGAACUUUUAAACUAUUACAAAAUCUUGUUACGUCAUAUAAUACUAGAAAACGUGCGAGAAUACGUGAAAGGUGUAUUACCUUUUAGCAAUAAGGAUGAAACUCGUGGAAAAAAAACACAGCCAACAUACAGUCUGUUCGUAAAAUGUUCUGAUUCAAUUUAGGAAAUAUAUUUUAUUUCACAUUUGUUAUUUUAAUGUUUUUUCAUACGAACUAGCAACUUUCUAAAAAAGGUUUAUCAACAUUUCCAAGUAAAACAAAUUUAAUUCUUCAUUUCUUUUUAUAGAAUAAUAAAUUAUACUGAUACCAUACUUUAAAGGCUUCUAGCAGAAUUUUCUCAUACGUGUAGCCUGUACAUGUAACUCGAAAGCAUGUCUUAGUAAUUACUAUUCUUGAGCAAGUAUUAUUUUUUCAAUUCAGCCAAUACAUAUAAGCUUUUGUGUUCCACACGUGAUAGAGCCCCACAUGAUAGAGAGUCCUGUUCCUAGUUGACCGUAGAAAUAAGUCAAAAAGCAAGGACGCCACAGAUAAAUUAAACAGACAAGAUGGCGAUGAACAAAUGGGCAGGUGCUGUCCUUGCUGUUAUUAUCCUAGUUGUUUGCAUUUCAAUGAUUAUUUUUCGUCCCGUUUGUGAAAUGAAAUUGGGUCUUUUAUCAAAACACUUGAGUGAUUCUAUAAAAGAACGUCCAUACAAUAACAGUUUGACCUCAGAAUUUAUUAAACGUCUUGGCACCGGGAACAUAAACGCCGUCAAUGAAAACCUUUUAGAACACUUAAGAGGGAAAUGGAUUCUCCCUCCUUCCAAGCUGUCCUAUAAUCUUUCCAAACCAAAAACAACAUACUGGGACCAAAUGGGGCAAUCAAAAUUAGUAGAUAAGAUUCUGAAGCAACGCCGCAAAGGAUUCUUCGUGGAAUCAGGAGCAUAUGAUGGAGAGGGUCAUUCCAAUUCUCUCUUCUUCGAGAUUUCUCGAGACUGGAAAGGACUACUUGUGGAGCCAAACCCGUGGUCCUUUGAAGUACUUUUGAACAAGAACAGGAAAACUUACGCUGUAAAUUCGUGCUUAGCAACGGGAAGCAGUCCCGCAAAGGUUGAUUUUACGUUUGCUCAGGAGAUAGGAGGAAUACCGAAACACAGCCAUGUAAUUCCUAAAAGGGAACAAAACUUGAUACAAGGAAAAAGUCGCAUACAGUGUUUUCCCAUUCGCUCUCUCCUGGCCGCCAUCGGCCGAAAUCACGUAGACUACUUUACCUUGGACGUAGAGGGUGCCGAAAUAGAAAUCCUCAAAUCGUUUCCAUGGCAACACGUCACCGUGGACGUGUGGACGAUAGAGUACGCAGUUCACGGCGGAGGUCCUAAUACGCCAAAACGUGAGAAAGCAAUCAGGGAGAUAUUCAAAAAUACAGGACUCUACAGGGAAGGUACCAUUCUGGGAGGACAAGAUAUAGUGUUUGUUAGAAAUGACGUGCCACAAUGAACAAGCAAUCACGAGCAAGUUACAAAUGGAACUGUACUUUAUAUGAACUUUUCACGCGAUACAACACGAAUGAUAGCGUUUCUCAGAACGUACUUAAAAAGAGGAGAUCAGCAAUACGUUACAAAUUAGAUUGUUCUGUUUAGUUUUCACGUGAUACAAUAUAAUGUACUGUUUGAUGUUUGUCAGGAAGGAAUAUUAUAGUGAAAAAGCAGCCAUGCAGCCGGUGUACAUGUAUAUCUUGAAUUUAGCAUUCAGCGGGAUAAUGUUUUUGUCGGUAUAUAUGUUUAUAAACAUGCUUAAAAUUAAUAUCGAUACUGGGGCACCACAUUUAUGUAGGUUUUGGGACAUUAAUUAAUGAAAUCAUAAAAUAGUUUCUCAAAACAAUCAUGGUCCUCAUGCUUUUCUCUAUAUAAAUUGCAAUUACACUCUGUCAUCAUGGGGCCUUUUACUGAGGAACCUGCAGUAAUCCAGCCCAAAGGAGGUACAAAACUAUAAAAAAGAAGACCGUUCCAGUUCACGUCAAACCAGGAUAUAAAAGUAGUAAGUCACAUAAAUGAGGACGUGUGAAUAGGCCAGUUUUGCAAUA